UUAAAGAUGAUUUUCUUUAGUUUAUAUCUUCAACAAAUUCAACAUAUGUUAAUAAAAUCUAAAAUGGCUUUAUUUAUAGAUAGGUAGUUUUCAAAAUUAUAUGUUGUCCAAAAACAAAAUUUGAUCCGUUAUUAUGAUUUCUUAACGAAAAUUCAUAUAUGAACUUUUGAAAGCGCAUUAGUUUCAUCUUCAGGCGAUGACUUUAGCUGCUACAAAGGCUCAUAAGGAACUAAAGUUGGAAAAUGAAGAGCUCAAACAUUUACUUUUGAAAUUGAUGUCAAAAUAUAAAACCUCAGAAAUUAAAAGGAACGUUUUGUUAAAGAGAAAUGCUCUGUUGAUUACUGAUAACAAGAAUCUGCACAUACAGCUCUUAGAAACGACCAAAAGUAAAACCCUAUCAGAGAAAGCAGUGGCAACGUAUCAAGAAGCCGUGAAAUUGUUGAAAAAUGAGUUAAAGGAGUUGAAGGCAGAAACAUCAAGCAGAGGUGAUCAGAUGGAUAAUACUAAAUCAACAGCUAAAUCUGACUUAAGUAGCCACAUGAUCACAAGCAAGCCGCUCCAACAAAUAGAAGAGAGUGAACAAUAUUUCGAAGUCAGCGAAGAGAGUCUACGCGAUGCACGAUCUUAUAGCUAUAAAUCUUACGAUAGCCCGCCGCAAUCUUGUGCUGGAACAUAUGUAAGUGAUGAUAUGAUGACUGACGCAGAAGUUCCCAGCCCUUCCAGUGGUUCCCAAAAGGACGAUUACGUGAUGUGCUCUGAAGUGGAAGCAUAUUAUCAAAUUCCUGAAAAAAAUUUAGGUAACCGCCAAGAAGAUUUCAGCAAUGACAUUACUAGCAAUAAAACAGAAUCAUUAGUGUCUGAUGAACCCAAAACUGAGGAGAAAGACCCAUUUGAACUGAAAAGGGACAGGCUAUGGGCUCAAAUUAAGGAAUUGAGAGAAAUGGCUAAGGUAACAGAUGAAGAACUACAAACGAGGAGGUUUGCUGUUGCGGCGAAAGCUGAAAUGAUACAGAACAUCCAUGAAGAGAUAAAAAGAAUGCAAACUCUAAUUUCUUUAGCGAAAUAAUAAAGAUGUAUAAAUGAAACAAUAUUGGUUAUAUCUCAGAGGAUAUUAUACCACUCAUACAUCUAAUCGUUACGUAAUUAAUAAUUAAGUUAUCAUUACUUAACAUAUUAGUUCAAAUAUGAGAUAGAGAAUGAGAAAAAAAAAAUGUUUACGGGAAAAGGUCAAUUAAACGAUCUCCACAUUCAUCGUAAUGAAGAAUGUUAGAUCGCAAGGCUCGUGUAAAACUGAAGAUUUUCCUACCGUAAUGAUGUCCACUGCGUUAAAUCCAACUUAUUAACGAGAUCAUUAUAGAUUUUUUUUUCCAGAAUUCUUUAAAAUAGUCUGGAUCACAACACUAAUAUCAGAUAUGAAAAAUGACUCUAAUCGAAAAAAGUAAAGUAAACGAAUAAAACAAGUUGAUUUACAUAUA